UUUUGUGCACGUGUGGGAAGGCAAUCAGUCUGUGUUGUGUUGUGCGGUCUCCCCGUUCGUCAAAUUUCUAUAUCUUAUCACUAACGCGUGCUCCGCGUGUACAUGUUCCCCAUAUUAUCUGAUUUCAUCGAGACAUAGAAAAUACUUCAUAGAUUGUUACAAUGAUCAAACAAGGGUUUAUAUCGUUCUCCCAUCACCACUCUAGCGUACCAGAGAGGUAGGAAACCAGAACUUGCUCGCCAGCCGAGUCUACGAAAAUGGCUGACGCAACGACACCAAACAUGCUGACUUCGUUUACAUCGAGGACACUAAUGUCCAGUACAACGCAGAUAGAUGCCAUUGACUUGAAUGACCCUGUAGCGAAGUCUCACUUUUACACGGGCUUGGGUUUGGCCAUCAGUUCUAGUGUGUUCAUAGGAUCGAGCUUUAUUGUGAAGAAGAAAGGACUCCUACGCCUCAGUAAACGCGGCCAAACAAGAGCAGGAGCUGGUGGAUAUGGAUAUCUGAAGGAAUGGGUGUGGUGGGCAGGGCUCAUACUCAUGGCGGUCGGGGAAGCUGCAAACUUUGCUGCCUACGCUUUCGCACCAGCUUCACUAGUCACUCCACUUGGCGCGCUAAGCGUGCUGGUAAGUGCCCUGAUGUCGUCGAGGUUCCUGGGUGAACACCUCAACCUUCUCGGCAAGGUCGGCUGCCUUCUCUGCGUCCUGGGAUCGACCAUCAUAGUACUGCACAGCCCUAAGGAGGGUAACGUGGAGAGCAUGGAAGCCCUCGGGAAAAUGCUCAUUGAGCCAGCGUUCAUCGUUUACGUGGUCUUCGUGGCAAUCCUGGCGAGCUUCUUGGUGGUCUUCUCCGUGCCAAAAUACGGGACGUCCAACGUACUGGUGUACGUUGCCAUAUGUUCCGUCAUAGGAUCCCUGUCGGUAAUGGGCUGUAAGGGCCUAGGGCUGGCUUUGCGAGAGACUUUUGGAGGCCACAACGAGUUCAAAAACUGGGUCACCUGGGUCUGCCUGGUGUCCGUCGUCUUCUGCAUCUCUGUACAGAUGAAUUACCUCAACAAGGCCCUGGACGUCUUCAACACGUCGGUGGUCACCCCAAUCUACUACGUGUUCUUCACGACGUUUGUGCUCAUCGCGUCGUCCAUUCUCUUCAGGGAAUGGGGGAGCAUAGGAGCGCAGGAUGUGAUAGGAAAUGUGUGCGGCUUCCUGGUUGUGAUAUGUGCCAUAUUUCUGCUGAACGCAUUCAAGGACUGGGACGUUUCACUCUCCAACUUAAAAGGCCUUCUGCAGAGCACUCGGGAUGUCGAAAGCGCGUCCACGACGUCCCUGCUCAAUUCGCCGGAGCGACCCACCAUGUGGCCCACGGAUAAUUCUGCCUCCCUCAACUCUGGCGACCAUCACGUUGGCUACCAGCAGAUGCCCUCUACCGAUGAAGGCGUCACCAUUGCAUCCGCUCCGUGCGUUCGACAUGGCUGAAACGCUCGAGCAACACUUGCGCACACCGUUGAACGUGCGACGUACCAAAGCAAUUUGAAGGGGAUGUAGACCACACGUUUUUGUGGCAAGUGAGAAUGAAGUCUGGUCAGCUGCUUACUUGAGCGACACUUUCGGCGGGACUUAGUCCAGCGAGUAACAAUUUAUCGGAGUAUGGAAUCGACCGUUCUCGCGGUCCUUGACGGUGUAACUUCCUCCGCACCUCUUCCAAAAUAACUUAUUAUAGCAGUCAUCCUCAUUGUGGACGUUUUUUUUAUGUGAUACAUAAGUUCAGACUGGUGUAUGUUUAUAAGGGGCACGAACGGGAUGCUACUCGUGGCCCUUGGUAUUUACGGAAUGGAUUAUGAGAUGGCUACUGGAAGCCUAGUGCAAAAAAAAAAGUACAAUGUUUACACGACACAGUGGAGACAGUUUAUAGUGAUUCCAUGUAUAGUGAUCCCACAUAGUAAAAUACCACUUACAGCAAUGACAGCCGUGCUAUCGAACUCGGUACAUUUCUGCAGGUGACAGACUUAAAUAGUGAGCACAAUGUUUUGAGACUUCUUCCUGAAAAUGCAGGGCAGCUGCUUUUAGUCUUUCACUUUCUUCCGUUACGUUUUACCAAAUUGUAAUGGAACUAAUUCAGCAUUGUUGAUGCAGCAAUGCUCAUACCUUAGGCGGGGCCUCCACCAAGGCCCCAAUAUCACAAUAGUAUUUUGCAUUCAUUACUGUUUUAUGUUUUGUUUUUUUUAGCAAUAUAAAGCCACAAAUUACCAAUGAUCUGUGUGACUAUUACACAUUUUCCGCUUACAUAUUUUGCCUCCAAGGCAAUUCCACAGUCUUUUAUCCUUUAUUUUAUGGUGGUGUAUUUUGCUUUUAUUUUGCAAAUCUGUCAUCAUUAUGUGGGGUUAUCACUUAAGGUGAACUAUUGCAUAACAUGAACUCUCUCUCUCUCUCUACUUUCAUGGGGUUCACUAUGAACAGCCUGUACUUUAGCAAACUGAACAAAAGUGGUCCGCUUUCUAAAUGUGGCAAUGAGUAAAAAUGUGCUUUCUCACGUUGUAUCAAAAGCCAUUAUUUUUUGAUGCAGGGUUUAUUUAAAACCAGUUUCACAGAACAUGUCUUUUCUUAAUGUUUUAUUUCUUGUUGGAAAUUCAAUUUAUUAAAAAUAUUUUACACAUUUUUA